AUGUUUCGUCACAGCCGCUUUCUCAAUUCCAGGGGUAGACCAGAAAUAGUAAUCAUUCCUGGCGAGUUUGCCGUUACAAUAUCACCGUUGGCUUCCCUCGCCGUCGAAGAGACAACCAACAGAGCACGUUUUCGCAACGAUACGGGCGGACAACGGCCAGCGACACUUGCACGGUGUGCGGUGUACGGAGAUUCUCAUGCAGGGUUCACAUCCAAUGCCAUCAUCAAAUGCACGUUUCGGGGGUUUUCAAGCAGAAAACGAAACCUUGAAAAGGCCACCACUCGUUCUCAGAGCUCCGAGAUUAGCGCAGUGUGA